CCUGAAGAGGACCAAAAGCUGAUUUAUUCUGGGAAGCUGCUGCUUGAUCAUCAUCAUCUGAAAGAGUUGCUGCCAAAGCAUGGGGAGUUGCAUGCUCUUCAUUUGGUAUACAACUUCAAGACUCCUGUAAAUGUGCAAGAAACCGAUGCAGAGGUUAAAGCUGGUCAGCCAAAGUUAUCAGAAGCUAGUCAAGACCAAUCUGUAUCUUCCUCAAAUGGUGAAAGACUGAUACGCUUUUCUGGUGGCCAGUCUUCAACAGAAGCCAGUAACAGGCUUGAAACAACUCAGCAUCCCUUCCAAAGUGUGGCUUCUGGCUUCUCUGCUUAUACAGCCUACAGCAUGCUUCAGAUGUCCUGGUUUCAUCAGAUUUAUGCAAGACAAUAUUACAUGCAAUACUUGGCUUCUACUGAUGCAUCUGCUGACCCAUCCCAUACACGAUGUUCUCAGGAGAUACCCCUGGCACCAGUGACACCCCCAGCUCCUCUCCCAGACCCAUUUCCUGCACAAAAUCAGCCUGGAAACCAGAAUGCUGCUGCCCAGGUUAAUGCAGCAGCCAACCAGAACUUGCAGAUGAAUGCCCAAGGGGGUCCCCUCAUGGAAGAAGAGGAAGAGGGUGGCAAUCGAGAUUGGUUGGACUGGCUCUACUCAGCAACACUGUUCUAUGUUUUUGUCAACAUUAUCUAUUUCUACUCCAGUGUCAGCAGAUUCCUCCUGGUUAUGGGUGGCACUGUUCUGAUGUAUCUGCACCAUGUUGGGUGGCUUCCAUUUAGACAAAGACCAGUUCAGCCUUUCCCAGGCAAUGUUCCUCCUCAAGCUGCUAUAAACCAGGACCAGAACAAUAACUUACAGGGGGGAAAUGCAGGUAGAGCAGAUGAAUCUGAGGCAUCUCUUGAUGAGGGACAAGUCUUACAAGAACUGCAGCAGGCCAACCCUUCAUUUAUGAGCACAGCAUGGGUUUUUUUCAAGACUUUCUUUGCAUCCCUCCUUCCAGAAGGGCCUGGAGUGACCCGCAACUGACUUAUCACCAGUCUACUUGUCUGAAACUGCAAUGGGAUUUAGUCUACCUGAGUGAAUUGGAUACCAACUCCAAACCAGGAGUGGAAGUGGAUGGCACUUCUCUGGCUUUCACUGACCAAGCAAACAAAGCUGCAAGAAGCCUUAAGACAUUACAGCCUAGAGACUAAGAUGCUUGGACUCAUUCCAAAGAACUUUGUUCUGUAGCUUUUAUUAGGUACCUAUGUAGAGGCUUGGCAUUGUAAACUUGUGCACUAAAUGCACAGGCUUUAAGCAGGUGUGCAAAAAUGUUAGAGAAGCAAAUUGCUGCUUCUGUGCAAUGUGAUUCCUGUUGGAAUGUUUCAAAUGCUGUUUAAAUUACACUGAGUGUAGGAUCUAAAAACAAUUGCUAGAUAUGCAUUAGCAGAUUUUUAGGAAAGAUCUAUUGUUAUAAAUUGCUUCAACAAUAGUUUCAAUUUUCUGGGUAAAUAUUUUCUUAUGAAGGAUGUAUUGUGCAAUUUCCUUGUUGGACAAA